ACCCACUGGGCCACCGAGCCAGCCAGCCAGCCCGCCCAGCGGCCCCCAGGCCUUGCCCCCCGUUCGGCAGCUGAGGCCGAGGAAGAAGAUGCCCGGCAAGAAAGCCCUCAUAGUGUUGGCUCAUGAGGUGAAGACGUCGUUCAACCAUGCCAUGAAAGAAGCUUCUGUGGAGGCGCUAAAGAAAAAAGGAUGGGAAGUCAUGGUGUCCGAUCUCUAUGCCAUGAAGUUUAACCCUGUGAUCUCCAGAAAUGACAUCACAGGUAACCUAAAAGAUCCUGACAACUUUCAGUAUCCUGUGGAGUCAGUUCUGGCUUAUAAAGAAGGUCGGCUGAGCCCAGAUAUUGUUGCUGAACAGAGAAAACUGGAAGCUGCAGACCUUGUGAUAUUCCAGUUCCCUUUUCAGUGGUUUGGGAUGCCCGCUAUCUUGAAGGGCUGGUUCGAGCGAGUGUUCAUCGGAGAAUUUGCCUACUCUUACGCCACCAUGUAUGACCAAGGCCCCUUUAAGAAAAAGAAGGCUCUUCUCUCCAUCACCACUGGUGGUGCGGGUUCCAUGUACUCUCUCCUAGGCGUCCACGGGGACAUGAAUAUCCUCCUCUGGCCAAUCCAGAGUGGCAUCCUGUAUUUCUGUGGCUUCCAAGUCUUGGAGCCCCAGAUCGCUUACAGCAUUGGCCACACCCCAGCAGAUGCCCGGAUUAAAAUCCUGGAAGAGUGGAAGCAACGCUUGGGGAACAUCUGGGAGGAGGCCCCGCUGACCUUUGCUCCGAGCAGUUACUUCAAUCUGAACUUCCAGGCAGGCUUCUUGAUGAAAAAAGAGAUUCAAGAAGAGCAGAAAAACAAGAAAACUGGGCUGUCGGUGGGUCACCACUUGGGCAAGAGUAUUCCAACCGACAACCAGGUCAAAGUCAAGAAGUAGUUUUUCUAGGAAAGCCGCCCACGGUUGCCUUACACUAGUAAUUUUUUUCCAAUCUAUUUGAUAAGUGAUGUCUCAGCGUCAGUGGUGGUGCUUUGGAGGGGGCGGUGAGGAUUUGGAUUCACAUAAAUUACCUUUUAAUUAUCUUGAGGAGAGUUUUCCUCAAGACCAUAGGUCCCUCCUUCAGGACAGAAACUCCCAUUCACAUCCAGGCUUCGAGAGCCAGGAUUUAGAUUUACAGGGCUUAAGAUUUAUACAUGUGUUCACCCGAGCAGAGUCACACACUUGAACCGGAUGACAGGGCAUACGGAAAAUGAGUCACUAUCUAAAAUCUUGUUUCGGCUGUAUAUUUUGGGGUUUACCCACUACAUACGGUCAAAUAAAUAUAAAUAUCCAGUUACAUAAACUUACCCAGAAACCUGGGUAGGUUUCCACAGCCAUACAAAGCAAGGGUGGUAGUAGCUGAAGACACUUGGCCAAGAACGAACUUCCAGGGCUAUAAUCCUCUAGUUUUGGUGAUAAAAAUAAAUAGAGGUCUUUGUGGGCGUGGAACAUGUCUGCCAACCCUGUUCUAUUGUAUUCUCCCAAGUGUCUAGUACUGUUCUCUGCACACAGCGCUCAAUAAAUAUGAUUUAUUAAGGAUUGAA